AUGGUGAGAAGGGCGGGAGGCUUCAUCCCUGCAACGACUCUGAACUUGCUUGCUGCCGCGUGGAUUCAGUUCCAGAUCCACGAUUGGUUUCAACAUGAAAGCUACCAGAGCGAUGAGUUCUACGAUAUUCAACUCCCGCCAGGGGAUGAGUGGCCUCACGGGAAAAUGUUAUUACCAUGCACCAAACCCGAUGAGACACUUGAGCCGUCCGACAUCAAUUGCCCAGGAUACAAGAACACCAACACCGCGUGGUGGGACGGCUCGCAGAUUUACGGCUCGAGCGAAGCUACCACAGAGAGCCAACGAACUAAGGACCCAGACGGGAAGCUGUUGCUCACCCAGAGAGGCAAGGGGGUGUUCCUACCCCACGACGACUCCGGGAAUCCCAAGACUGGGUUCAGCGAUAACUGGUGGACUGGCAUGGAAAUGCUGCAUACGCUAUUUGCGAUGGAGCACAAUGCCAUUUGUGACAUGCUUCGCGCGGCAUAUCCGGUCUGGACUGGGUAA